GAGCUACCCAAACUCCCACCGAACGUUAAACCGCUCUCGGCUUCUCCCUGUCAUCGUUUCAUAUCUUUCUUUUGUGUGUGUGUGAGAGAGAGAGAGAGAGGGAGAGCGUGUAUUGUAUUCGUAUAAAUCCUCCCCUCCCAUUGAUUUUCAGACCCAAACAGGAAAUACUCUCUCCAAUCUCUUGGAAUCAAUAUAUUCCUCGAUUCCCAGCAAAACAUUCACCAACGAGGACCUCAGAGACAGGAAAACGAAGACUUGAAAAACAAGAGCUUUACCCAGAUUAACUGACUUCAGCACUAGAAAGAGAAGGAAAUAGCAUCUCUUCGACAGUGUAGGACACGAGUGUUGAGAAGCUAUCAUGGCUACGAGGACUGAAAGAUCAUCAAAGCCAUUGCACAACUUCUCAUUUCCAUGCUUGAAAUGGGGCAACCAAAGAUUCCUCAGGUGUGUCAAAGUCUCCCCCAAGGCCGCAGAACCUUCCUCUUUUGAUCGCGGAUCUUCGCGAUCCCUGUCGAAUUCGGGUAAUUCCCUACACAGACAAAUCAACCGUCGACCUUCCAAUCCGAAACGUAAUUCCAAUUCAUGGGAAGAUGCUGAGAUUAAUAUCGAGGCGGUUCGCGAGAAGCUCAUGAUCGAUCUCAGAGUGGCGGCUAAGAAGCUCAAAGUUUCGAUUCUUGAAGAAGGAGCCGUCGAGGACGAAACGGCAGCCAUUGCUAGGCCUUGGAAUUUGAGGACAAGAAGAGCUGCUUGUAAGGCUCCCCAUGAAGAAGAGCGCAAGUGCAAUUCGUCUUCUUUGCCGACGAAGGUUGUAGAAGCUGCAGUGACCAAGGAGAACCCAGUCAGCGUGGCGAAGAAUGAGAAAACCAAAUUUUCGGUUUCGUUAUCGAAGGAAGAUGUUGAAGAAGAUUUCUUGGCCAUGGUUGGAACGAGGCCUCCGAGAAGACCUAAGAAGAGGCCUAGGAUUGUGCAGAGACAAUUAGAUACACUUUUUCCUGGAUUGUGGCUGACCGAGGUCACCGCCGAAUCAUACAAGGUGCCUGAUGUUCCAGAGUGAGGAGCUGAAAUGAUAAUGAAACUGGUUUCUGCCUUCUGGAAGUAUCAGAUAUUUUGCUUGCUGACUGUUCCACACCGUGACAUAAAUAAUGGCAAUGGUCAAAUCAUCCGUGUAAAUAGGGGGAAAAAAGUACCUCAACAAACAUGAAUAUCUGGACCUCUUGCAUUAAUGUCUAGCCAAAUCUGAUAUUUGAAUGUAUUUGCUCGCUCGGGCUUUUUAUUACUGGCUUUGCUCUUCUGUAAAAAUCUUCAGUUUACCAUCACUUGGCUGAUGCCUGCUGUAAUAAAUUUAGCAGUUUUUCA